AUGUCCACCUCCACUAUCAGGCAGUACACCUCCUCCUCCUCUAUGAAGGGGACUUCAUUUGGUGGGGGCUCUUCUCGGCUGUCCUCUGUCCAUUAUGGUGGGGGAUACAGAGCCCCCAGCAUCCACGGUGGGGCUGGUGGCAUCUCUGUCUCUUCCUCUCGCUAUGUCUCUGGACUAGGCAGCGGCCUUGGUGUCUCUGGACUAGGCAGCGGCUAUGGGGGCAGCAGCUACUGCAGCAGUUUUGGUGGGGGCUUUGGUGGGGGCUUUGGUGGAGGCAGCAUGGGUGGCGGCUUUGUUGCUGGUGGUGAUGUCCUUCUGGGUGGGGGCGAGAAGGAAACCAUGCAGAACCUGAACGACCGCCUGGCUACCUACCUGGACAAGGUGCGGGCGCUGGAAGAGGCCAACAGUGACCUGGAGGUGAAGAUCAGGGAAUGGUACAAGAAGCAAGGACCUGGUCCAGACCGGGACUACAGCCACUAUUUCAGGACUAUUGAAGACCUGCGGAGCAAGAUACUAGCUGCUACCAUUGACAAUGCCAGCACUGUACUGCAGAUUGACAACGCACGUCUAGCUGCAGAUGACUUCAGAAACAAGUUUGACACGGAACAAGCUCUGCGUUUGGCCGCUGAGGCCGAUAUCAAUGGACUGCGCAGAGCCUUAGAUGAGCUGACCCUGUCCAGAGCAGACCUGGAAAUGCAGAUUGAGAACUUGAAGGAGGAACUGCUUUAUCUCAAGAAGAACCAUGAGGAGGAAAUGAGUAUUCUCCGAAGCCAGAUGGGUGGAGAAAUCUCUGUGGAAAUGGAUGCUGCUCCCGGGGUGGACCUGACCAAGAUCCUGGCAGAGAUGCGCGAACAGUAUGAGAAUCUGGCAGAGAAGAACCGCAAAGAUGCUGAGCAGUGGUUCUUCAGCAAGACUGAAGAGUUGAACCGUGAAGUUGCCACCAAUACAGAGCAGCUGCAGACCGGCAAGACGGAGAUCAUAGAACUGAGACGCUCCGUUCAAAGCCUGGAGAUCGAAUUGCAGUCUCAGCUCAGCAUGAGAACGGCACUGGAAGGCACCCUGGCAGACACAGAGUCCCGCUAUGGUGCCCAGCUUGCCCAGAUCCAGGCCCUGAUCACCAGCGUGGAGGAGCAGCUGGCCGAGCUGAGGUGUGACAUGGAGCGCCAGAACCACGAAUACAAGAUCCUCCUCGACGUCAAGACCCGCCUGGAACAGGAGAUCGCCACCUACCGGCGCCUGCUGGAGGGAGAGGAAGCCCACAUCAGUUCCCAGUACAAUGCAGCUGUAUCUGGAAGAGACGUGGCAAAGACCUCACGCCAAGUCCGCAUGAUUGUCGAGGAGGUUGAAGAUGGGAAGGUAGUCUCUUCCCGUGAGCAGGUCAAACAGUCCACCUACUGAAAAGGACCAACUAUCCUAAAUGCCUCAAUGUAUACUGUGGAUACACCCAAGAGAGUUUUAGUGUACCAGUAUCUUCACACUGUUCUGUAGUGUGUGUUCUAUAUGCAUGUGUAUGCACAUGAAAUCUUCACAGAAGAAGCAAAGACCCACAGUUUGAUGUCCGUUUCUGUCAACUACCGUCCCUGCC